UCCUAGUGAGUGAGGGAGGGAAGUCGGCGGCUCUCGUGCUCGGCCACUUUCCCUGCGCGAUUCCCCGAGCUCCCUGCAGGAGGAGAAAGUCCCCGGCGGGUCGGGAUGGCGUAGUUGCGCCGCGGCGCAGCAGCUGCCGGAGCUCGCGGCCGCCGGGCGCUGGGCGGGGAAACUUUGCUCUGCUUUCCUGCAACUUGCGGCGGGUGGAUCUCCGUUUGACACACCGCCUCCGAGGCAAUUUGGAAAUUGGAAAGAAGGAUUUCAAAGCCACUUUUGACUUGCAAAGAUUGUCUAUAAUCUGAAGAACUACAGGCUGAGGUGACUGAACAGGACACACUUUUGGAGAAAUAAAAAUGACUUCUCAUUGUGUAAUUGUCAUGUUUGCCUUAAUGAGUUCCUGCUUAGCAACUGCAGGUCCAGAGCCUGGUGGUGCCCAGUGUGAGCUGUCGCCCGUCAACGCCUCCCAUCCGGUCCAGGCCUUGAUGGAGAGCUUCACUGCUUUGUCGGGAUGUGCCAGUAGGGGCACGGUGGGGCUGCCCCAGGAGGUGCACGUCCUGAACCUCCGUGCUGCCGACCAGGGGCCGGGCCAGCCGCAGAGAGAGGUAGGUGCGGUGCCAGCUUGCUACCCACUGCCCCUUGGCAUUUGUCUUUACACUUCUCUGGAUGUGGCGUCCUCUUCUUCCAUUCUGGGUUUAACGAGGAUGCUUGUGUAUGAACAUAAGUGGGGUGGAGGACACAAGGUACAUGAGAGAGAGAGAAGGAUUUCAAUUAAUUCAGAAGGAUUGCUCUCUGAAUUGGGCAACUCUAGGACUUCUCUCUAG